AUGAUACACAUUCCUUCUGAUGAUUUAUGGAGACCAGACAUUGUAUUAUAUAACAAUGCUGACGGCGACUUCGUCAUCACCAUGACGGCUACUAAAGCAACGGUAUAUUACGAUGGCAGAAUAUCAUGGGAGCCGCCUGCUAUCUACAAAUAUUCUUGUGAAAUUGAUGUGGAAUAUUUCCCAUUUGAUGAACAAAACUGUCGUAUGAAACUCGGUUCUUGGACUUACGACGGUAACGAAGUGGACUUGCUUCAUUUUUGUCACGAGCAAGGAAUAAACAAUUCCGAUGGAGACGUCACUAAUUUGAUGGGAAUCGAUUUGAAAGGUUAUCAACAAAGUGUCGAGUGGGACAUUCUCGCUGUAACAGCCGUGAGGAAGGUGAAAAAAUACCCUUGCUGUCCAGAGCCUUAUCCAGAUAUCACUUUUUAUAUCAGACUCCGGCGUAAACCGUUAUUUUACACGCUGAACUUAAUUGCGCCGUGUGUAUCGAUUUCAAUGUUAACAGUGUUAGUAUUUUACCUGCCGUCAGUGAGUGGAGAAAAAAUCACUCUAUCCAUUUCUGUCCUUCUGGCCCUGACUGUGUUUUUCUUGCUACUAUCCGAUAUUAUUCCCCCGACUUCCCUCGUCAUGCCCCUGAUAGGAAAGUACCUGAUGUUUACCAUGUUGAUGGUGACUGCAUCCCUAUUUUUGACUAUCUACGUGCUCAACAUCAACUACAGAAAACCGACGACACAUGUCAUGUCGGACUGGGUACGGUAUUACCUACUAGAGCGACUGCCCCCUUACCUGUGUAUGCGCAGACCCGAAAUAAACAAACACCCAUUGGAGAUCGGCAAGGUGGCCGUCCGUACUGUGAACGGCAUGGAGGUACGGGAACUUACCCUUGAUUCCCGCACUGGUACUCUGUCACGCGGCGAGGUGCACACCUACGAGAAUAUGCAGAAUCGCCACCCAACUGAGGAGCUUGCCCCUGAAUGUUUACUUCAGAAACCGGUUCCAUUUGCUAAUAAAGAAAUAAAGAUCGUGAAAGAUAUUGUCGAGAAUAUCAAAUAUAUAGCUAACCACAUGAGAGAGUCUAAUGCCGACGAGCAGGUCAUUCGCGACUGGGCUUACGUGGCUAUGGUGGUUGAUCGGAUUCUGUUGUAUCUAUUUAGUCUGGCUGUGGCGAUAGGGACCAUGAGUUGUUUUAUGGCCCCACCUGUUCACUACGACAAUGCAGUAGCCCUCGACCCUGCCUUGUUCUAUCUACCAGGGUUCAUAUCUAUCUAUCUAUCUAUCUAUCUAUCUAUCUAUCUAUCUAUCUAUCUAUGA